AUGCCGAAGCCAAAGUCCUUUCUCAAGGAUGCUAAGUCCAAGAAGAAGUCCGGUCAGCAGCAGGCCCCUCGAACGGCGGAUGAAUUCCUAGCUGUUGGUGUCGAGCAAGAAGAGGCAGGCGAGAAAUGGCGCGCUGGUGACGCUGCGAAAUCCCUACGGUUUUUUAUGCGCGCCAUUGCGACUUACGACGAGGGGCUACAGAGGCAUCCUUCUGCGUUUGAUUUAGCGUACAAUAAGGCGAGAGUCCAGUAUGAGAUCACGCAGCACCCACGAUUAUCCGCGCAACUGUCAACUCCGCUAGGAGAAGCCCUGACCGUAGCGCUGCAAUCCCACCGGGAGGCUCUGGUACUGGAACAGGACAAUGCGGAUGCGCUAUUCAACACGGCGCAGGUGCUCACGAGUCUUGCCGAGAUAAUUACCGAUACAAAACGCCCGGUUGAAGAACUACUUAACCAAGCAGUCAGAUUCCUACAGGAAGCAAUCGAGCUUUUCCAGCGGUGCCUUGUGCUUCAGGAACUGAAAUACACCGAGAUGCAGGAACAAAUUAAGCAGAUGGAGUAUGGCGAGAUAGGGCAGACGGAGCAGAUGCAAGAACCAGACCAGAUGCAAGAGUCUCCGGAUGUUGAGCCGAAGGAGUCGGAGCAGGAGCAAUGGGCUGCGGUUGUCGAGCCAGUGACACAGGAUACACUUGUGGAUACUGCCAUCGCGCAACUAGACGCUCUCUCGACACUGUGCAACCUCCUAGCGUACGACCCGGGCGUUGGGCUAAACUGGGUCGAGGAGUAUUCUACCGAUUUACUCCAAAAAAAGGUCGCCACACUCGUCGAAGGCUCAAACCGGCACUAUGAGGCGAAUCUGUCCCGAGCAAGAUUUAACGCUGCGCUGAACGAAGUCCUAUACCGUAGCGGGCGAACAGAUGUCGAGACAUAUCACGGGGCUGUGGUAUCUUCAUUCGCGGAUUUGAAUGUCUCAGCGGAUCCCGAAGGGCUGUGUGCAAAAGCUGAUGCGCUGGUAUCAUUCAACACGGCUACCGCAGAACAGCCGCCUUCUCACAGCGAAGAAGUCUUCAAGCAGUCCCUUGGCCUCAGAUGGCAGGUGUUAUCUACCGCCCUGGACGCCUUAACCAAAGCGUCCAAACUGCCCGAUGCCGAAAACCUGCCCAAGAUUCACCUAGCGAGAGGCGACGCCGAACUGAGCAGGUGGAGACUUGGUUUCGCACCGUGGGAGCAUGCUAUGGCCCAGCAACACGGGGCGACGCUCCUCAAGAACGCUCAAACCUACUAUCGAGGUGCCGCCGCACUGGCCCGCAGAGAUGGAGGUGUCGAUGAAGUGCGAGAUGGAACGUGCAAAGAGGCAAUCGCAGCCGCAAUUGAAGGCCAGAAGGAUAAACUUGCUCAGCUCAAGGCCGCGGCCCCAAAGGAGCUAUUGCAAGUUGCUGAGGACAUGGUGGAGGAAGGAUGGGUCAGCGGGCCUGACAUGGAGGCACUGUUGUCGUAG